CACCUUUGCCAAAAGAUUCUAUUCCACGAAGCGUCUUUGCAAGAUCACCAGCUGGUCAUUGUGAAUUUCACAUCCUAUCAAGUCUCUGUUUGCGCUCAUUUUGAUUUGCUUCUCUCCCCAGCAAACUGCGGCAUGUCCGCAUCAGCCUCUGGCUCGGACGCCAGGGCAAACGGUUCAGCAAAUUCGCGCGAGCACAAUCAGGGCAACCAAGACCGCAAAUAUACUCCCCAGCAAAGAGCCGAAGUCAUACGGAUACGAAAAUGUAGCCCAACUGCGUUCUACGAAAUCCUUGCCGUCGAGAAAACCGCGAGCGAUGGAGAGAUCAAAAAGGCGUACAGAAAAAUAAGUCUAUUAACACACCCUGAUAAGAAUGGGUACGACGGAGCCGAUGAGGCUUUCAAGAUGGUAUCGAGGGCCUUCCAGAUAUUGUCCGAUGCCGAGAAGAAAUCCAGAUACGAUCAGUUUGGUGGUGAUCCCGACAGCCGCUUUUCAAGUGGCGGUGCUGCCAGUGGUGCCAGUCCGUUCAGUGGCUUCGCGCGAUCGUCUGGGAGAGGGCCGAUGUAUGAAGAUGAGAUCUCGCCCGAAGAACUAUUCAACAGAUUCUUCGGCGGAGGUAUGGGAGGUGGUGGCUUCGGUUUCGCUCCUGGCGGAUUCGGCGGACCGCAAUUUGUUUUCAAUAUGGGCGGCGGUCCAGGUUUCACAGUACACCGGAUGGGAGGUGGCGCACCACGACGAAGACCGAGAGAAGCGAAUGCAGAGCCGCCACCGAGUGGACUCUCUGCACUGACACAACUACUGCCGCUGUUAUUACUGUUCAUUCUACCCUUACUGUCAUCUUUCUUCUCCGGCACAAGCGACCCAGGGCCGCAAGUACGAUUCGAUUCGCCUGUUCCGCCGCACACAAUGCACCGGGUAACACCACGAUAUAGGAUCGACUAUUUUGUGAAUCCGGCUCAGGUGGAUGGAUAUACUGCGAGGCAGUUCAGUAGCCUCGAUCAACGGGCGGAGGUGGAUUAUGUUUCAAGUCUCAAGUAUCAGUGUGAAACAGAGGUGCACCGGAAAAGGCAGGAGAUCAACGACGCGACGGGCUUCUUCUUUACAGACGAGAAUAGACUGAGGAGAGCUAGAGAUAUGCCUAUGCCUGGUUGUCGACGGCUGGAUGACCUGAAAAUCAGUCGGCAGUAUUGAGGCGGGUGGCAUGGUUGAUUUGAAUUGCAUCAUCGUUGGGUGUUGGCGGCGUUGUCCAUUCGCCUGAGAGCGAGGUGUCGUUGUAUAGCACUGCAUAAGCGUGUGACAUGAUCGUGUCUUGAAUAUAAAUUAUGCCUUUCGC